AUGGCCAACAAGCUCAGAGUAAUUAAGAGACAUGAGCAAAUGCUAAAAGCAAAACUUAACCAUCAAGUACACGCUUAUAUGACUAUUGCUGAGGAGAAGAGACACGUACAACGUCUGGCAACAUUUAUUAAGGAAGAUAUCGUCUGCGUUACGGUCUUCAUUUGUCUAAUACAGACUGACGCCGCUAAUAAAAGAUCUCUUGCCGCAGGCGGCGCCGCGGGAGUGUCCAUCGUCCGGCUGCGGGUGCCCGAAGUGGUGGAAGCCAACGCCACUGCGGUGGUCCUUGACUGUGACUAUCAAGUGGACGAGUGGGAGCGGCCCGGCCUCGUAGUCAAGUGGUAUGUGGACAAGAUCCACCUGGUGUACCAGUGGAUACCGCCGCUGCGGCCUCAGGCCCUGGGAGUGCUCAGUGGACGCGUCAACACAACAUACGAGGCCUCGCGGGAUCCUUGGGCAGUUCACCGCGCCCUUUACAUCCCUCAUCCAGAUCCCACGCUCUCUGGCCAGUACUCUUGCACUGUCAGCACCUUCGAGGAUGAGGACACCCGCACCGCGCACCUCCUAGUCUGGAAAGCUGCUCACUUCGUGGACCUGAAGUACUGGAGACCUUCUGAGCACCUGGUCAACAUCACGUGCUUGGCUUCAGGUGCAGCGCCUAGACCAGAGUUCACCUUAUACACUCGGGAUCCCAACGGAACUAGGCAGGAGGUUGGCGUGAGAGGUGGGAACGGUCACCGCCAGGAUGGGUUGUGGUGGGCUGGCGCGUGGGGACUGAUUGUGUGGGCGGAGACUGAACCAGACACCAUCAUUGGCUGCACACUCACCCUGCCUGGUACCCCGCAUGUGGAGACCAGGAAGAAGAUGUACCGGCCAGACUUACCCAUCAUCACUACCACCACAACUACCACAACAACCACCACCACACAAGCUACCACCACGAAGGCCAGCGAGACUCCACGCAGAUGGAGCAACAUGUCACAAAAUGUGCCUACUACCACCACCAACAGUUUCUUUGAUAUUCCCAGCUUGUUUGGAGCAGCUAACACAGGGAGGAUUGUCGUGCCUCCGUCAGUGAGUUGCUGUACCAGCCUUACGUGUGUAGUUGUGCUGCUGGUGUGUUGGUUGUUUGAACACCCUUGAACACCACUGCUGUGGUGCUGUGUAGUGGCCGUCUGAGCUCCCUUGAACACAACUGCUGUGCUGAUUGUUGGUUGUUUGAGCUCCCUUGAACACCACUGCUCUGCUGCUAUGUGAUAGCUGUCGGAGCUCCGUGAACACCACAGCUGUGCUGCUGUUGUGGUAACUGAACAACGUCGCUAACCUUUCAUAAACAAAAAUAUCAAAAUAUAUCACCCUGUGGCUGCGCUCGUGUGUGUUUCUGCGAGUGAAUGUAUGAGUGUACUCACCUAUAUGUGGGUAAAGGGGUCGAUUUACAGCACCUCUGUGUGUGUGUGUGUGUGUGUGUGUGUGUGUGUGUGUGUGUGUGUGUGUGUGUGUGUGUGUGUGUGUGUGUGUGCGUGCGUGCGUGCGUGCGUGGUGCGCAUUCCUGUGAGUGUUUGACCUGCUAAUGAGGCUGUGAGGCCGAGUCGUCAGCUCACAGAGCAUUUCUUUCUGCUUCGUGUUAUUUUAGACUGAACAUAAAAUAAUGUUGAGUCAGCAAUGAGCUUUAAACAUGAUACAAUCAAGAUUUAGUUUUACUGGACAUUUGUUACUCAUAAAAUGUGAGUAGAGACAAUGGCAUAGGCCUCCUUGUCCUGGUAUCUAGGACUUCAGGCACAAUUAUGAUACCAGCACGGAUUAUCAGAUAAAAAUAGGUUUAGGGAAUUGCAAAAUUUGACAUUGUAUGUUACAUGCGUAUAAAGAUCAAAGGCUGGGAACUGUUUUUGAAACCUGUACUGGUAGAAACCUUUAGACAAAAUAUAAUCUAUUUUUGUGUGUUUCACA